CUCCUGACCUCAGGUGAUCCACCCACCUCAGCCUCCCAAAGUGCUGGGAUUACAGGUGUGAGCCACUGCCCCUUCUCAGAGACUUUGAGCCUAAGACCAACCACUCUUAACAGGGCAAGAACUUCUCAAAGAAAUUCAGAAAUCCUAGGGUGUUGGAGGCAUGCCGUAAUAUUGUCAGGGGUCAUGAAGUUAACAUUAAUGUGAGAAUCAGUGGGCACAGGAGUGGUAGGUACCAGGGGUUGAAUGGGGAGAAAUCCUGCUCUGCCUAAAGUUAUUGAAAUUCAGAUUUUCAUAAAACACUCUUUCAGACAAACAUUCCAACCAUGGUGGAUUCAACCGAAGAAUCACAAGUUUGUGAACCUUAAUUGAAAGUCUUCCCAAUAAUUCAUCUCCAUGAACAGGCUAGAUGGUAUAAAAUCUGUAGAAGCAAUUCUGGAAAAUCAAGCCUUGUACGGAGCUCCAGAAGUGAGCCUUAUUCAUGUGCCUCCAUGAAAGGUAGUGCUUACAAUCUCUGCUCACCCAUCUAAGGCUAGACCACACAGACUGGGAGGAGUCCUUCUUUAACUCUCAGAAAGUUAUUUAAAAGAACAGCUUUGUCCUUUCCUUCAUACAUCAUAUACUGUCCUCUUUCUGAACCUCUCAAUACUGACCAUAUAUCAUUGUUGGUGACAUUAAAAAUCUGUUUUCAAGAUUUAACAAUAUGAUGCCUGCCCUAUCCUCAGGUUUGUUUGUUUUUGUUAUCUUCCCAGUACAGUUCAUAGAGUUCCUCUGAUCUAUCCACUAUCUCUCUUAUAGGACAUAUAGUGUGCAUAGAAACUCAGUUAUCUAGGGAUAGGUGUCAGGCCAUUGUAGUAAAGGAGAGAGUUGAGUCAUAAGGGUAUAGAGAGUAGAGAGAACAUGAAAAGGUACAUGCUGCCCCUGACCUCGGCAUCUUUUGCCCCAGGCUCUGUAGCCCAUACAGAAUACCAGACACCCUCAUGUGAACAUUGAAUCACCACAGUAAGCCUCUCUAAAAACAGAUAAAGGUCUGUGAUGCUAUCCCUGUCUUGCAGAACAGGAGGGCUUUGUGAUGCAAUCUGGUGGUUUCAUCCCUCUUCUGUGAGGCAGAAAUGACAAGGUGUAGAAUCUGGAGGCAUUAGGUUUCAAGACAGUGAAAGACUAGGGAGAGGGAUGGCUAGUGAGGUUUAGAUCAUGUUGAGUCCUACCUUUGUUUUGUGGGAUGUUGGAUAUCCCUUAUACACCUAUGGAUCCAUCUGCAUUAUUGCAUUAAUUAUUUGGCAAGUGAAAAAGAGCCGCCAAAAAUUAAGGUUGGGACCUAACAGGAGCUGUUGCCGGUGUCACCGAAGAGUUAAACAAAAGUCUAGAGAUACAACAUCAAAAGCUAGGAGAACUUCCCAGGAAGAAGCCGAGAAGUUGUGGAAGCUGCUCUUUCUCAUGAAAAGCCAGGGCUGGCUUCCUCAGGAAGGAAGUGUGCGGCGAAUCCUGUGUGCAGAUCCCUGCUGCCAAAUCUGCAAUGCUAUGGCUCUGGAUAUUCAGCAAUUGCUGGCGAGUGAGAAUAGCCUGAUCUCCCUGACUUCACUGGGGCCAUCACAGGGCUCCUCUUGCCUAGAGGCUUUGUCCACGUCUAGUGCGUCUUUUGAGCAGAGUCAGGAUCUGGGUUCCGAGAAAUCCAAAGAGCAUUCACUGGCAUCUGUAACAACAACACUGUCACAAUUAACAGAUCAGAAAUCUUUAACCCAGUCAGCAACCCAGUCAGCUGGUGCAGACAGCAUCCAAGAUUCCUGGUCUGAUCACUUUCAGCGAGGUCAGGGAUCUCAAGUCCCUGCUGUGUCCCAGGGCAUGGGAUCUCUGUCUUCAAACUUUGAGAAGCAUGGAAUUCCUCUAAGCCAGCAGGAGAGCAAGAAAAACAACUCCAAAUUUGUCCUGGAGAACCAAGAAGCUCCAGAAGUUCGCUUGGAUAACAAGAUGAAGCUGUUUCUGCACUGGAUUAACCCUGAAAUGAAAGAUCGAAGGCAUGAGGAAUCCAUUCUCCUUUCUAAGGCUAUGAGAGUGACCCAAGACAGGACAGAAAACACUGAGAAGAGUCCAACUGUCACCAAAGAUCACGUGUGGGGUGCUACAACAGAGAAGACAACAGAGGACCCUGAGGCUCAGCCUCCCUCUACUGAGGAGGAAGGCCUGAUCUUCCGUGAUGCUCCCCAGUACCUAAAUAAUCUGUUCUAGUGAUACUUCCUUCAGUCCAGCCAAUCCUGGGUCCUGUGCCACUCCUACAAAUGCUCCAAACUCUGUCCUCAAAUUACUUAUGCCACUCAACCAGGAAAUCUAUCCCAGGUCUCAACUCACCUCAGCAGAAGGCACUGGUUUAUACAAGAAUGCUCAUUCCAAGAAAAGGAGUUCAUAGGUUCCUGAACCUCCGCAUCCCCCUGAAAAAGGCUUUCAUUGUCAUUUCCAUUAACAUGCAUGUGAAGCAGGGCAUUCUCCAAAUAUACUUUAUAACUUUAAGCAAA